AUGAUUGAAAUGAGAGAGAACCCUAAGAGCCACUCUCAAGAUGAACAAACCAAUUUUAAUAAAAACAGCGAAGAUUCUAGUUGCUUAAAUCUCUCACCUCCUAGGGAAAACAUCUAAGAAAAUUUAAGAAGAAUUUCAACUAGAUAGCAAAAAUAUAGAAAAUUCAAAAAUAACGUAGAGAGUUAGCAUCGAAUUGAUUUGUACAGCGAACAAGAAUUACUAAAAGUCAGGGCAAAAUCUAUUUUUAAUUGUAUAAUGGUUGCUAUUUUUUCUGGUAUUUGCCUUGGAUUUGGUAUAGGUAAGAGGGAUGCUACUAAGUUUAGAACUCCAGAUUUUAGUUGUGAUACUCCUAUUUCAACUUGGUUGAUUGUAGUUGGCGCUAGUUUUGGACUAGAUUCUUUCUUAUACUUUGUACAAAUAUUGAUCACAUUUAUUAAGUAAAAAGAGGCAAAAAACAGUGUUAAAUUGAUUGGCUUUAGAUAAUUCUGGUUGAUGCAAAAUUUCAAGGUAGCUUGGCUCAUUUAUGGUAACACUUUUCACUACAAUAGUGAUAGUAUAAGAUGCAAAGAUAAUAAUGAUGAUUUCAGGAGUAUGUGGAUACUAAUGAUGAUUCAAAUAGCCGUUGGAUAUAUUAACUUCUUUUGUCAUUUAUUACUCGUACUCUAUUGUUUUUUAAGUGUCCUCUAUCUUUGUGCCAGUGGAGCAUGGAAAAAUCUUAAUUUAGUUGGUAAUUUUCCAUUUAAGAAUACAAACAAAUCACUAGACAAUAAAGACUUUGAGAGUAUUGAAGAAAGAAACAAUAACACGAUCGAUUGUUAAAUAUGCUUAAACAAGUUCUUGGACGAUGAUGAAAUUACAGAGUUAAACUGUGAUUAAAGACAUUAUUUCCACACAGAGUGCAUUCAAACAUGGACUAAACGAAAACUUGAAUGCCCUUUAUGUAAGGAGCCAGUGCAGCCUGUUGCUAGGAUUUGA